AUGUCGGAGACACAGUCUCUGAAAAUGUCCGACGGGCGCACGCUCUGCUACAGCAUCUACGGGAGCACAGAGACCCGCAACGGCGGUGAACAGCCACCCACCGCCUUCUACUUCCACGGUUUCCCCGGCUCGCACCACGAGGGCUCGGCCACAGACGAAGCAGCCUCGAGACACGGCCUACGAAUCAUCGCAGUCAGCCGGCCCGGGUACGGCGGGUCGACCAACGACCCGGCCCGGAGCAUCCUCUCCUUCUCGCACGACGUGCUCGCCCUGGCCGACCACCUGCACCUCGAGCGCUUCGCGGUCAUGGGCGUCUCGGGGGGUGGACCAUACGCGCUGGGCUGUGUGCACUCCAUCCCGGCCUCCCGUCUCGCUGGUGCCGUCGUUGUCUCUGGCAUGUACCCCGCCAGCCUCGGCCUGGGCGGCAUGAUGCUCUCGAACAGGGUCCUCUUCAACCUGGCACCGUGGGCACCCUGGCUGGUCUCAUACAUGUUCGACGCAAGCAUGGGCAGGAUCGCGCGAGACACUGAGCAGCCGGGCCGCUUGCGGGAGACGCUGGCGGAGGGCUUCAAGAGCCUGCCUGAAGCGGAUCGUGAAACGGCCGAGGCUGAUGGCGGCAAGGUCCUUGACCUCCUCGCCACGAGCAUGCGGGAGGCAUUUGUAGAUGGACCUGAGGGCUCCACGUGCGAGGCGAAACUCUUUGCUAGCCCGUGGGGCUUUGACUUGGCGGACCUGCCAGUUAGGAAGGGUGAGUUGGCGGUAUAUCACGGAGCCAAAGACAUCCACAUUCCCGCGAGAAUGGCACAAGAGGCUGCGGCUACGAUGAAAGAUGUGGAUUUGGUGAUUGAGCAGGAGGAAGCUCACAUCAGUCUGUACUUACGAAGGAUGUACGAGAUCAUUGGAGAAGUAAAGCGCAUAGACUAA